UUUUCCGUUCUUCCAGUGACUUCCUGCUUGGGCUCCCUCUUUCUCUCACUUUCUGGGCUACUGUCCUCUGAGCGUUUGAAGGGUAUCGCCGCCGGUGACGUCCUACAUCCGCUGGAGGAUCGGAUACCGUACAAUACGGACGUCGUAGAAGAAGAUGAAGAUCUUUGUCAAGACUCUCAAGGGUACUCACUUCGAGGUCGAAGUGAAACCCGAAGACACGGUUACUGAUGUUAAGAAAAAUAUAGAGGCACUACAGGGUUCUGAUGUUUACCCUGCCGCACAACAGAUGCUUAUUCAUCAGGGGAAAGUUCUGAAGGAUGCCACAACACUAGAAGAAAAUAAAGUAGCUGAUAGUAGUUUUGUUGUCAUCAUGUUAACCAAGAAUAAGGUCUCAUCAAGUGGAGCCUCAAGUACAACAGCUGCGCCUACAAGCCAAGCUCAACCUGUAAGUUCUUCGCCUCCUACCUCAACGCAACCAGCACCAACGUCUCAACCUCCUCCUCCCCCAACUGCAGUAUCAAUGCAAUCUGCCCCCGAAACCACUCCUGUUGCAGUCCCUCCUGCUUCUUCAGAAUCAGAUGUCUAUGGCCAAGCAGCGUCAAAUCUUGUUGCAGGAAAUAAUUUAGAGGCUACCAUUCAGCAGAUUCUAGAUAUGGGUGGAGGAAGCUGGGAUCGAGACACUGUUGUCCGUGCUUUACGUGCUGCUUUUAACAACCCUGAAAGAGCUGUCGAAUAUCUUUAUUCUGGCAUUCCUGAGCAAGCCGAGGCUCCUCCAGUUGCUCAAGUUCCUACUAGUGGGCAGGCAGUAAACCCUCCUGCCCAGUCUACACAACCAGCAGCACCUACUAGUGGACCCAAUGCAAACCCACUAGAUCUGUUCCCACAGGGUCUUCCUGCUAUGGGUUCAAACACCGGUGCUGGAACCUUGGACUUCUUGCGGAACAGCCAACAGUUCCAAGCCUUGCGAACUAUGGUGCAAGCAAACCCUCAAAUAUUGCAGCCUAUGCUCCAAGAGCUCGGAAAGCAAAAUCCGCAUCUAAUGCGACUGAUUCAAGAGCAUCAAGCUGAUUUCUUGCGCCUGAUAAACGAACCUGUUGAAGGAGAAGGGAACCUACUGGGUCAGGCGGCUGCAGCAGUGCCACAGGCUGUGACUGUCACCCCUGAGGAGCGUCAAGCCAUUGAACGGCUUGAAGCUAUGGGCUUUGACCGAGCCCUAGUAUUGGAGGUUUUCUUUGCAUGCAACAAGAACGAGGAGCUGGCAGCUAACUAUCUUUUAGAUCACAUGCACGAGUUUGAGGACUGAUCGAAGUGGUGGUCAUUUCUUGUUUUCUGCUCUUCUUGUGAUGUCAGACUUCUCUGUCUAGUUGGUCAAUUUGGUUCAUACUUUUGCAUUCAUUAGCAUCUCCAGAUUUCUGUUCUAAAUAUUGCUUACAAAACUACCUAAUUUUGUUCUGGGAUAUGGAAAUAAAGAUUUAAUUUAAUUCCUGGUUCCCUGUA